AUGGGUAAGGACGAGCGCACUCACAUCAACAUCGUCGUCAUUGGACACGUCGACUCCGGCAAGUCCACUACCACCGGUCACUUGAUCUACAAGUGCGGUGGUAUUGACGCUCGUACCAUUGAAAAGUUCGAGAAGGAGGCCAACGAGCUCGGAAAGGGUUCUUUCAAGUAUGCCUGGGUUUUGGACAAACUUAAGGCUGAGCGUGAGCGUGGUAUCACCAUCGAUAUUGCCCUCUGGAUCCAGACCGCCAAGUACGAGGUCACCGUCAUUGACGCCCCCGGUCACCGUGAUUUCAUCAAGAACAUGAUCACUGGUACCUCCCAGGCCGAUUGCGCUAUCCUCAUCAUUGCCUCCGGUACUGGUGAAUUCGAAGCCGGUAUCUCCAAGGACGGCCAGACCCGUGAACACGCCCUUCUGGCCUUCACCCUCGGUGUCCGUCAGCUCAUUGUUGCCCUCAACAAGAUGGACACCUGCAAGUGGUCCCAGGACCGUUACAACGAAAUUGUCAAGGAGACUUCCAACUUCAUCAAGAAGGUCGGAUACGUCCCCAAGACUGUUCCUUUCGUUCCUAUCUCCGGUUUCAACGGUGACAACAUGCUUGAAGCCUCCCCCAACUGCCCCUGGUACAAGGGCUGGGAGAAGGAGAUCAAGGGUGGCACCAAGGUCACUGGAAAGACCCUCCUCGAGGCCAUUGACGCCAUUGAGGCCCCUGUCCGUCCCGCCAACAAGCCCCUCCGUCUUCCCCUCCAGGAUGUCUACAAGAUCGGUGGUAUUGGAACAGUGCCCGUCGGUCGUGUCGAGACUGGUACCAUCUCUCCCGGCAUGCUCGUUACCUUCGCUCCUGCCAACGUGACCACUGAAGUCAAGUCUGUUGAGAUGCACCACCAGCAGCUCACUGCCGGCCAGCCCGGUGACAACGUCGGUUUCAACGUCAAGAACGUCUCCGUCAAGGAGAUCCGUCGUGGAAACGUCGCUGGUGACAGCAAGAACGACCCCCCUGCCGGCGCUGACUCCUUCAACGCCCAGGUCAUCAUGCUUAACCACCCCGGCCAGGUCGCCGCUGGAUACGCUCCAGUUCUUGACUGCCACACUGCCCACAUUGCUUGCAAGUUCUCUGAGCUCCUCGAGAAGAUUGAUCGCCGUACCGGAAAGUCUGUUGAGGACAGCCCCAAGUUCAUCAAGUCUGGUGACGCUGCCAUCGUCAAGAUGAUCCCCUCCAAGCCCAUGUGUGUUGAGGCUUUCACCGACUACCCCCCUCUGGGUCGUUUCGCCGUUCGCGAUAUGCGCCAGACCGUUGCGGUUGGAGUUAUCAAGUCCGUUGAGAAGAACAAGGGUGGUUCUGGAAAGGUCACCAAGGCUGCCCAGAAGGUUGCUGGAAAGAAGUAG